AUGCGGCUGCUGCGCGAAUUUGAAGCUCCAAUAUCUUCUCAUUCCCACGCCCCUCUCCACCCCUCUCCACCGCUGGCCCCUCACUCACCUCCCCGCCGGCCGCAUCCUCUCGUCGGCUUCCCUCACCCUCCACUCCCCCACCUUCCAUGCGUGCAGCCCCCGCGCGGCAUAACGAGCGCGGAUGCCGCCACGAACCCCACCUUCUACAACUGGCACCUCGUGCGCCCCGUCUACUGCGACGGGGGGGGCUUCGCGGGCCGCGCGGGGUACAAGGUGGUGGGCAACGGCAGCGAGGGCGUCCACAUGGACGGCUGGCGCAUCAUCCACGCCAUUCUGGGCGAUCUGCGCACGAGCAGGGGCAUGACGGCGCCGGCGCGCAUUCUACUGUCGGGCAGCUCCGCGGGCGGGCAGGCGGUGGUGACGCUGUGCGACCUGCUGCCGCUGCUCUUCCCGCGCGCGCUCGUCAAGUGCAUCAUGGACGCGGGGCUCUUCGUGGGUGAGCGGGGCUCUUCGUGGGUGAGCGGGGCUGGUAUGGGUGGCAGCAGUGGGGCUGUUAGCGCACUCUCGCUGGGUCCUGCUGGUCGCACCAACGCACUGAACCGCAAGCAGCCCCACCUCACCCGCCCACCCAUCCCCUCGCCCACCCCUUCGCCCACCCCCCUGCCCACCCCCGUGCCCACCCUUCCCCCCACGCCAGAUGCGGAGGACCGCACAAACCGGCGGGCGUUUGCAGCGAUGGUGAGAGCGACUGUGGGGCUGCACAACAUGCGAGUCAACUGGCGCUGCAGUCAAACCAUGACCCCGGCCAACCAGUGGCAGUGCUUCUUCCCCCACCGGGCUUUACGCUUCGUGUCGUCGCCCGUGCUGGCGGUGAAUUCCCUCUUUGACUACCGCGCGCUCAUGCUGGGCAACCAGCUGCCCGCCAACCAGGCGCAGGCCACCGCGUGCCUGCGCCAGAUCGCGCGCGAGGGCGGCACCGACCUGCUCAGGCUCGUCACCAGCCAGACCUGGCGCCAGGAUCGGUCUGCACUGGCGGAGAUUCAGUCAGGAGAGAUGUUUCCCAGAGGAAAGGGACGAAAGGUGAGGGGUUCAGCAGGUGCGGCAGCAGCUGAGGCGCCUGUGUGCGCGCCUGAGGAGCACAGGGCAGUGCUGAAUGUGGCGUGGCAGAUGAUUCAAUACACGGACGCUGCUUCCCUGGAGCUCGGACCCACUGUUAGCACGUUUGUCACGCCUGCAAUCGCGCACUGCGCACUGACCAGCCCGAAAUGGGGCUCACUGAUGGACAAAGGCGUGACACUUAGAGAUGCUGUCACAACAUGGUAUAAGCGGCCUCUUUGA